AUGGCUGCGAGGCUGUUGUCCUCCCUGCUGACCUUAGCUCCGUACGAGUCUGCCCGCGGCUCCGUGGCACCGCUGCUGCGGGCGCUGGCGCGGGCGCCCAAGGCUCUGCGGCAGGCGCUCUGGCGCCUUCUGGAGGGUGCUCCACAUCCCCGGCUGCGUUCACAUUCUGCCGCUGAUCUGGUGGAGAUGAGGGCAGGGCUGUCGGACCUUGAGCGACAGGCCGGUGCCUAUCCGGUGACCUGUGCCUUCUUGGGCCUGGUCCAAAGUCUCUUUGAGGCCUGCCCCAUCGAGCUGCUCUGCCUUCCCUGGGAGGUGCACGAGACAUUGGGCCUUCCAUCCUUCUCACGACCAGGUGCGAGUCUCCCUCCAAGCUCCCAGGGCGAGGUUUUGGGGCCGCUGCUAGAUUUCACCUUUGGCACCUGCUUCUCGCGAUGUAACUUCUGGCCCUGUCGCUCCUUGUGCGAACGCUGGGCCAUCUCUGCCGGAUGCCUUCAGGUGGCCAUGGCAGUGUUUCCAGCUUUGGAGUGCUUCAAUUGGCCCGAGGUGGCCGCGUUGAGCGCCAAGGAGAAUGGUCUGGGCGAGGCACUGCGACAGCUGCAGCAGUUGCAACUGCGAGUGCUGCGCUGCUGGGGCGAGGUGUCCUUUGUUCAAAACCUCCUGCAGUGCAUCUUCUGCGACAUCGCCUUUGGACCAGGCACCGGUGACGCAGAGACCACCAAGCGUUUCGUGGGCUUCCGCAGCCCUGCACUCGAAGAGGCCUCCAGUGCUGCUCCGCAGCAUGGGGAGUCUGCGCAAAUGCCCGGCGGAGUUGUGCCAACCACAGGACUGCAGUUGUUGUCCCUGUCCCUGCAGUGCCUCCAUCAACUCAUUGGUUUGUUGUUGAGUCCCGCGGGCAUCGCGCGCCUUGGCGGAAGAUCGGGGAAUCGGGGACUGGAACGGAUAGGCCCCACUUCCAGCCUUUGGUGCAGCACGUCCUUGAACUGGCCAACGGAGUCAGACGAUGGACUGCCUGUGGACUAUGAACAGACUUUGCUGGUGGUCCAUCAUCGCAGCGAAGUGGACGACUUCCAACUGGGCACGGAUCGGGGCUAUCGCAUCGAACGAAGCAUCGGGAGAGGCCACUUUGGUGUUGCCUUCCUGGUGAAGGACGGCGAGAACCAACGACGUGUGCUGAAGGCCCUCGAACUGGAUCGUGGCGAUGCCCGCAGGGAGGCGGAGAUCAUGCGACAGCUCAGGCACCCACAGAUCAUUCGCUUUCGGGAUUCGUUCGAAGAGAAGGGCUUCUUGGCUAUCGUCAUGGACCACGCGGCCUGCGGGGACCUGCUGAAGCGAGUGGACGUGGCCAAGAAAGCUGGGCAUCCACUGCAGGAGGAGCAAGUGAUGCAAUGGGUCACACAGGCGCUGCUGGGACUCCGAUACCUGCAUGGCUUGUGCAUCAUCCACAGGGACAUCAAAAACGAGAAUCUCUUUCUGGACUCGGAGGACAAGUUGCGCAUCGGGGACUUUGGCCUGGCGAUGAAGCUCAAGAAGGCCACGGAGAUUUUCAUCGAACAACAGAUUGUUGGCACGCCUUUAUACCUCAGCCCCGAGAUCUGCGCCAAAGGAAUGUACUCCAUGGCCAGCGAUCUCUGGGCCAUCGGCUGCUCUCUCUUCGAGCUGCUCAGCCUCCAGCUGCCCUUCGAAGCGGCGAAUCUACCGUGUCUCUUGGUGAAGAUCACCACGGCCACGGCGGCGCCACGGCCCAACUGCAACAGCCAGGACUUGGCAGAUCUCUGCGUCUGGCUGCUGACGAAGAGUCGAAUGAGUCGACCCAGUGCUGCGGAGGUCUUGAGCCAUCGAUUCCUCCAGCCAGUGGUGAGCGCUCUGGAGGAGGGUGGCCGAGUGUCGGCCCGGAAAGUCCAGGUCGGCAGCGUUUCGCGUCAAGCUUCCAGGGCCAAGCUCAGCCCAUUGGAAGGUGGCUACCCCAUCCCUCUGGAGCCCUUGCCAUCGCCGCUGCUACGAACGCAUGGCGAGCGGCGGGAGGAGGUGAGCUUGGGCCUUCGCCUCACUCGCGGUGCAGGUGCGGAUGGCACCCUGGUGCCUGGCUCAAUGAAUGCCUCUCUGGGCAAAUCCAAGGCUGGCCCUGAAGGGUCCUUGGAGGCCAAAAACCAGCAGCGAUCGGAUGCGGUUGGUUCCCCACAGCAUUGGCUCCGACGCAGCAAGAGUGGGAAGCAGGCGCCAUUGGAUGAGGAUUUGAUGCAGUCGCAGCCCACCCUGAAGUUGGUGGAGCCACAGGUGAGUACUCGAGAAGACCACCGCCAGGUCCUGGAAGCCGAGGUCAUCUCGCCCAAGGCACUUCCAGGCGUGGUGCCGCCCGCAAAUCUUCGGGUGAAGCGGAGCAAAUCCUCGGGCGCGCUGGAAACCAGGACACCCCGCAACGCGGCUGCUCCGGGCGCCGCGGGUGCUCUCGCUAAGGUGGUUCCACCACCCUUGAAAUUUGGGAAGAUUCAACCCUCCAAUGGUUCCAAAUCCGCACGCGCUGCGAAAGUCAUGCCCAGGCUGAACUCUGCUCGCUCCAUCUACUCCGCGCGCGUCCAACGACCUCCCAGCCGUGCCAAAAGCCCCAGCACGGCAGAGGCUCCACGUGUGCGCAUGGCCAGCAAGGACCCCGUUCCACGCACGCGCAGCCCCGACCCGCCGCCGGCGGCGCCGGCCGCGGAUGCUCCGGGCAGCCGCGGCCGCGUGAAGUUUGCGCCGCCGGCGGUGCGGCAGAAUCCGCUGCGGGCCGCCUUGAAGGCCUGGGAAGCUGCUGAGAACGGCGCUGCUGCCUUCCGCGCCGCUGCGCGACAGCCUUCCUCCGCCCGUCCCGCGGCGCCGCGGCGCGCGGCGUCGGCGACGGCGAAGGGACGCGAGGCGAAGGAUGGUGCGGCCAAACAGGUGGUGCAGCCCCUGCUACUUCAGCCGGAGCAGCCCCAGGAGCGUGCUGCACGUGCUGCGACGCAGUCCUUCUGCCCCGCCACCGAGGCUGGUGCAAAACGGUGCCCCGAAAGGUGCGAGCUGAAAUUCAUUGCACGGGACUUGAGGUGGGCCCAAGCGGCCCUUGAAAUGGCCAUCGAGGAUGUUUCCGAACCCUUGGAGGUGGCGCUCGCAACUGGAAGAUCCGAGCAAAUCGAAUCCCAGAGCGUCCCCUUCCGCAGAUCUGAACGCCCUUCCAGAUGGAAGAGGUCUCUGGGUCCAGUGGCGACCAAUCUGGAGGCGCAGGGCGCCCUCCGCCGGGCGGACUUGGUGCAAUCUCUCUACGCGCACAUUUGUUGUACCGCUGCAAGUCCCGUGGCGCAGUGGGCCACCGAAUGUCUGGUGAGUCUCUUGGCGCUGUGGUGUCGAACCGAGAUGCCGCACCAGCAGCCCGCAGCCAGUGCUGGAGGUCGAGGGCUGCUGCUCGCCUCCUUGUCGGUCCCUUCCGAGGCCGCAUCCAGAAGUGGUUUGGUGAAACACUUGGCACAGAGACUCUUGGAGGUGAUUGGUGAUCCGGGGCAGGACUUUGACUUUCGCAGUGCCUGCUGCGACCUGCUCCGUGCCUCGUUGGUGUCGCAACCGGGGCUGCUGCUGGAUACGCCGGAGCUGUUGCCUGGAUGCUCAGCGGCCUCAAUGCGUCUCGAAGCUCGCGACCACCUUGGCAUACUUAGUGAAGGCCUCCGGCAGGGUGAAGGGAGAGAGCGGUGA